GGAAGAGCCUGUCACGGGAGUGAACUUGUCCUGCGUGAGAAGCGCCUCCGCCCGCAGCAGCCUUCAAGCGUCCGCGCGAACUCGACCACGAUGAGGCCCCUGCUGCUCGCCGCCCUUGCCCUGGCCGCCUCGGCCGUCGCGGUUCCGCCGCUUGGCGUCGUCGAGCCCCAGCCAGGAGUCAGGGGGAAUUCCCCGUCCCCGUCCUCGACGGCCAGCUCUUCACCAGAAAGCACCGCUGCGGAAACCACAUCAUCGGCAGGAAUCACAACAUCCACUGAAAUCACGGUUUCUCCUGGAAGCACAUCAUCCCCUACAAGCACGGCCGAAAGCACAGUGUCUUCAGGAAUCACAACAUCCACUGAAAUCACGGUUUCUCCUGGAAGCACAUCAUCCCCUACAAGCACGGCCGAAAGCACAGUGUCUUCAGGAAUCACAUAUUCGUCAGAAAGCACAAACUCUACAUACACUGCGAUUGAGGAACCGGCCGACCCUGGGCUGUCGGGCGGGGCCAUCGCGGGGAUCGUGAUCGGGUCCCUGGCAGGGGUGGCCCUCCUGGCGGGCGGCGUGUACCUCCUCAAGGCGAAGGGCCUCCUGUGCUUCGGCUGA